CAGACAGCGGCCACCUGGGGUCUGAGAGUCUGGACUACAUCACACAGAGGGACGUGGCUGGUGAUCUGACUGGUGUAUCUCACCACAAUUAACUUGCUGAGAGACUGUGUCAAACCUCAGCCAUGCUGCCUCUCCUGCUUCUCCUGGUCCUCCAGGCCACCUCUUCCUCUGAAGCGUCCCCACACAGAGGCUCUGUUCCUGGGCAGGCGUCCGGCCGUAGUGCUCCUUCCGACCGGAACACCAGGAACAAGUUGCUGCUCAUCUCCUUCGAUGGGUUCCGCUGGGACUACGACCGGGACGUGGACACUCCUCAUCUAGACCAGAUGGCCCUGGAUGGGGUCAGGGCAGCAUACGUCACUCCCCCCUUCCUCACCAUCACCAGCCCUUCACACUUCACCCUGCUCUCAGGGCGCUAUGUUGAGAACCAUGGCGUCAUCCACAACAUUUGGUUCAACACCACCACCCAGGAGAAGAAACAGUACUACCAGUCCCAGUUUGUGAGUUCAUAUUGGGACAAUGGCAGCCUGCCAAUCUGGAUCACUGCACAGAGACAGGGCCUGAAGGCCGGCUCCCUGCACUUCCCCGGCACGGCCGCUAAGUACAGGGGUGAGGUGGUCGGGGUCAAACAGGUGGAGCCACCAUUCUAUGACCACUCCAAUGAGACCGAUUGGAGGCUCAACAUCGACAAGGUGGUGGGAGACUGGUUCCACGGCCAGGAUCUGGACUUUGUGUCUCUGUACUUUGGAGAACCUGAUAUGGUGGGACACGAACACGGCCCAGACUCUCCGGAGAGACGGGAGAUGGUCAGGCAGGUGGACCGGACGGUGGGAUUCAUCCGACAGAGGAUCCAGGAUCACGGGCUGACUGAACGCCUCAACGUCAUCAUCACAGCCGACCACGGGAUGACCACGGUGCUGCGGGGCGCGGGGGUGAAGGAGAUCAUCCUCUCCCAGAUCCCUGGGUUUGACUUCAAGGACAUCAAGUUCCAGCUGCUUGACUACGGACCAACGGGGAUGCUGCUGCCCAAGGACGGCCUCCUGGAGAAGGUGUACCUGGCCCUAAAGGGAGGGCACCCCAACCUCCAUGUCUACAAGAAGGAGGACAUGCCUGCCAGGCUGCACUAUGGAAACCAUCCCCGCCUGCUGCCGCUCAUCUUAUUUGCUGACCCUGGAUAUGUUAUCAAUGGGCUGUUCCCAGUCCAGUAUAGCAAGGGUGAGCAUGGCUUUGACAACAAGGGCCUGGACAUGAAGCCGUUCUUCAGGGCAGUAGGGCCAGACUUCCAGAGGAACCUCCAGGUGGGACCCUUUGAGACUGUGAACGUGUACCCACUGAUGUGCCACCUGCUAGGCAUCACGCCCGAGGUCAACGACGGGGCGCUGGAAGUCACCAGUAAUAUGCUCCGCCCGAGCCCUGACCCUGUAGACCAGGAGAGAGAGAUAUUGUGGGAUGUGGUUGUGGGCUUGUCAGCAGUGGCCGGCUUCCUGGCUCUUGUGUUCAUCAUCAGCACAGCUCAGACCAUGUACAAGAGGAGUAAAAGGGACAAUUUUAUGGAGAAAUGCCCCAGAUCUACAGAGGGAGAGGCUAUUGAUGACCAAAAAGAUCACCAAAUAGACAUGAAACAUAGCUACUUUUGACAGCCUAAAUGAAGACUAAAUGAAUUACAGGCUUGGCUAGAGUGAUACAUUUUCUAUUGAUUUGUGAAACACAUCUGAUCUCAUAAUGUUUCAAAUAAUGAUGUUCGACAUGUCUUGGCUAAUGUUGUCAUCUCUAGAGAGGAAACAUUUGUUAAAAUGUAUGUGCAGUUGUUUUUAGAUUGCUGUCAAUUGUGGAUAUGUAAUUUGUAGUCUGACACGUCGAAUUUGUGUUAUAUUGAUCAAUAUUCAUGUAAUUGUAUAGAGAAAACCCUUUGCUAAUUUUAUACGGAAAUUUGUUGCCUGACGCUGUUAAAUUGUUUCUUUAGAUGUGUUGGUUAAGUUCACUACACUUUUAGGAACAAAUCAUUAUAUUACAU